AUGACAGGAAAUACGUCUGUUUUCAAACCAGGUUACCGCCGGUUGUUGAAGCUGUGUGGGGCCUAUGUGUACCUGCUCUUCAUGCUGGUGGCAGUCGUGGCCUUCUCUUUCACUCUGCUCCGAUUGCCUGAGACCAAGGGACGAACAUUUGACGACAUUGCAGAGGAGUUCAGAGGAGCAGACGAAAUCCCACUCAACAAGACCGGCUUCAACACUUUCAACUGA